ACUUGUUUGCCAGCCAGCGUCCUGGGGAUCUACAGGGUCCCAUUCACAUUUUUGGCGACUUGAGAGCAGGGGCCAGAAACUUUCAAUGGUUCGAAUGUUUGGAAUACUAUUGGGGCAAGGAUCCGUUAGGUGAAUUUCUAAGCAUAACAGCGGACAUAACUCAAAACGAGGCUGCAGAUUCUAAUGAAGAAUGCAUGGGAGUGGCUAUAUGCCUUUUUCUUAAAUCCUUAUCUCAAUUGCAGAUUCUAAAGAUCCAAAGUUACAUAGUUUGGAAGUUCCAAGACCAUUGCCAUGCCAAUAAAACUAAAAUGCAUGGAAUGCUGAAGACGGAUGAUGAUUGGGGAGUCUAUGUAGGAUUUUACCCUUUUAAACAUUGUCAACCACAUCUCAAUUUCACUCUUUCUGUUCUAACAACCAACACUGCUAGGAAUCUCCAUGAUGUGGCGAUAAUGGGAUGUCGGUGGCGCCUGGCAAGUAAACAUGAUUUUGAUAAAUGGUCGGAAGAUAGAGCACCAUCACCCUCUGGACAUGCCUCCCAUAAUGACUGGGAGAGGGGAGAGAGUAGUAAUAGCGUUACUAAAAGGAAAGGAGAAGGAAGAUAUCAAGAAAUCCAGGAGAUAAGAGAACGUAACAAUGGCAUUGCUAAUGAGAAAGGAAAAAGAAAAUAUCCAGAAAUUGAGUCAACAAGAAGGAAUUAUUCACUAAGAUCUCAAAAAGCACUCAGAAGAAGAUAGCAAGAUUGCAAUGUAAACAUGAGAAGCUGCUUUGAGUCCAUCGAGGGUUACAAGUUACAAUCGGAAGCCAUGAAGAUGUUGAGUAGAUAAGGGAAAAUUACUUUGAGGUCUCUCAACACGUUUAAAUACUACAAGAUCAAUUCACAAUGAAUCUUGUGGUAUUUAAUAAAAACUCCCUUUUUAAUCCCUCGCUGAUGUUAGAGAAGGAUCUUGUCUCUCCCUAAUUCAUUGCUAAUGUAUCAUUUUAGAGAGCGAAGAAAAUCUCUUGCUAAUUUUCUUUGCUAAAUGUAAUUUUUAGAGACAUCAAAAUUAUUUCUUGCUAA